CAUUUGCUUCUAUUGUUAUUAUCUAUCUGUUUAAUAAGUUUUCAUGGCGCUAAUUUUUGUAAUUGUUUCUUUACAUGUCGUCUGCUUGUCACAGUUAUCUAGAUCUAGCUAGCGCUUAUUGGACCCAGAUAAAACAGUUUAAUUUUAAUCGAAACCAUUGCCUAUACACAUUAUAAGAAUAUGCAAGACGAAGCUAUUUUUAAAGUACCCAAAACGCGAAGAUGCCUGCUGAAUUUAUUUUGUAAGGAAACACUGGAAGAUCUGGAUGAUGUCUGGAAUGCACCAAACCUGCAAAGAGUACCAGCUGGAUUAGAGCUUGAUAAUGUGAACCUGCCCCUUCUUUUAUCAGAGAAACACACUGUCAACAAUGGUGACCACUUGGAUUCAUGGCCCCCUGAUUAUCAUGGGAACCUAGUUGGUGAGUCCGACACCAACACAGAUAAAUAUACUAUUGGGCUGAUGGAUGAGUUGAAUGAUACACCAUUCAAUCAGGAGUCUCAAGCAGAUGGAAAUAAUGAUGACAUUGAAAUAGAUGUUGACAAUAUCAUGUCACCCAAAAGCCCAGACAUUUUAUUAGUGAAAGAUGAAAGUAUGGCUAACAUUGAUUCAGAUUCAUCUGGAUCUGAUGUUGACUGGGACUCAUUCACACCCCCUGUACCCAGUAGUCCAAGUGACCAUGUGGUGCCAGACCAAGAUGACUUGUACUGGAAUUCAGUGACCUUGUGUGAAGACCACAUUGUUCCACAGCUAGAGCUAAGUGAUUUCCAGAAUUUCCCAUCUGGAUAACCAUGUAAGGCACUUCUUGAUUGUCAUUACUUAAAAAGUUCAGAAAUUCUAAACAUGCCAAGCACUAAUUGUAAAUGUUUUACAAAAUUAGGGAAUUCUUUUGAAUUGGGUAGUGGGCAAAUAAUAUUGUAAAGUUGAAGUUUAUGUACUAUAUAUACACUGUUCAGAGUUCUUAGAAAAAAGUUAGUGUAUAAAGCCUUGUUACUAUUUAUUUUCCUCUAAAUAUGUACAAAGUACAAAAUUACUUUAAAAAAAUAUGUACAUUUUAAUUGUACAUAGUGUACUUGGUCAAUACAAGUCUAUUUAAUUAUAAAAAUGUGUAUUGUUGAAAGUUUAUUCAUUGUAGAUAUUUUGUAAAAAAAAAAUAAUAAUAAUUGUAAAACUUAUUUAAGCUGUAUUUAUUUAUUUUUUUCUUCCCUAUCCCUAAAUUUUUGUUUUUAAUGUUUAUUACUCAAAGACUGUAUGAUACACUCUGUAUAUUUUUAAAAGCAUGUUUUAAAAAAUGUAAAUGAAAUGUCAAUUUUAAAUUAAAACUGAACAUAUUUUUGUAAUUACAAUCAUGUUUGCAUUUACUCAUUACCUUUGUUAUACAAUCAUUUGAAAUCAAACUCUUUAGUUUGAAAUGAUUUUGUCUACACUCCCAGUAUUCACUUUGAAGGUUUAUAAGCCAAAAGUCUAUUUGCCAUAUAGGCACUUCAGUUUUUAACUUUGGAUAUAAAAAGUGAAAUGUACCUAUAAAAUGAAUCUGACUUAGUCUACUUGUUACUGUAUUUUAGUUGGAUUUUAUUUUGUUUUUUUUUGUUAUUGUUAUUUAUUGUUAGCUUAUUUCUGGUGCUAAGUUUUCUAUACCUCUGUUUAGUUAAUGUUUAUAACAUUUGUCAUUUCUGUGACUUUUUAGCAUAAAGAACAUUUACAGUUUCUUUCUGCGGUUUAAUAUUUUACUUUAUUCUCUUUGCACAAUAAAAAAAAAAGGUUCAAUUAAUAUGUCUUGUUAAUGCAUAUUCUGUAAAUGAUCUAGGCAGACGACUAAUGACUUAGCAAAGACUAAGUAUCUGACAUGCAUAACAAGGAUACGUCAACAUAAUAAAUUUUUUUUAAAGGAACAUCCUCAAUUUAUA